GUUGUGAGCAAGCGCUCAGUGAGGUCUGGAGGAGUUACAUCAUCACCGCUGGAAGGAAGGAAACAUUCCAUUAAACUGGUUUUGCUGUUAAAACAAGCUUAAUAGGGGUCCAAGAUGGAGAAAAUAUCAUCUCUGGCUAAUAUGUCCCCGGUGUAUGAUGUUGAUACAAAGAUGAAGAAGCACUCGUCCGAGCAAAUUAAUGAAGACAUGGACAAAAUGUUUGAGACAGAAGGAACAUGUGAAGAUUUUUCACUGAGUCAUUUGAAUGCUCCAGAUACAGUGUCUGCCCCAUGGUCACCAGGGUAUGAUGAAAAUUUACAAGUUUGUGAAGCUGAUGAUCUACGAGUUCGUGACUCUGAUAUUAAAUUUCACAGACGUGAUACUUUCCCUCAUGUCCAUCAUCCUCUGAGGCCACAUCACCAUCGGAGAGGCAGUCGCAAAAGUAGCCAGAGUGAAGAUACUCAACCUUCAUACUCACGCUUGGAAAAACAAGAAGAGAAUGAGGAGGAAGAAACAAAGGCAGCUAAAGGAGUCUCCUUUCAAGUGGGUGAACCAGAAGUUGCUGAGGAAUUGCUGACAGGAAAGGAGGCAGAUGUAAGCAGUCCUCCCAAACCGACUCUACGUAAAAACUUCUCUUCAGGUCUUUCAUCCGAUGAUGAGGAAGAUGCACCUUUACUCUCUGAUGAUUCACAACUCAGAUCCUGCAUUCGGCCGGUAGAAUACGAUUUUCCGUAUAUUGAUGAGUCAUCUCGUAAGAAGAAUCGUGUCCAGUUUGAAAUCGGUGAAGAUGAGGCACAGCCAGAUUUGGAGCACCGAACACGUCGCAGACGGUCAAACAAGAGCAGGCGUCGGGACGCUGUAGAGGAUCCUGCCUGGCGCCGUCAUGCUGGUAGUGAGCACAACUUGCAGUCAUAUACGGCUCCAACAACUGAAGAUGAGGCUAGAAAUUUGAUUGGUCAUGACCUUGAUGAUAUGACAAGUCACAGGUUUGAUGACCCGAGUGCCUACAGACGUCCACGGUACGGCACCUCAUCAUUUUUCCCAUCAUUCUGCGGGAAAAGGGGGAGAAAAUAAAACCUGACCGCCAGUUUGCCUUUCUUAAAAAAAAAUUUUGACCACAGUCCUCAUGAGGUAUUUGUUGAGUUGGAUGAACUGAAGUAUUCAGAAGGCCGUAUUGAGUGGAAGGAGACUGCCCGUUGGAUCAAGUAUGAGGAAGAUGUGGAGGAUGUUGACAAUCGCUGGGGAAAGCCUCAUCUUGCCUUCCUCAAUUUCCAUGCAUUGUUCUCCCUCCGUAAAGGACUUGAAGCAGGUGCGGUACUGCUGGACCUGGAGGAACGAGACCUGCCCAGCAUCGCCUCCCGGGUGGUGGACAAGAUGAUAGCCUGCGACCAGAUCCCUUCAGACCAGCGCGAGGCUGUCAUCAGAGUCCUCCUCCUUAAACACAAACACAUGAGAGAGAAUCAUUCCUCCUUCAGGCUCCCCUCCAUAGGAUCCAAGAACGCUCUAGUCGGCUCGGAUGAGAAACUGCAGUCAUCGGCAACAACUGCGAGUUUGGACGGUGGGAUGCGAUCGUCCGUGCGUAAAGCUGGUCUCUCCAACCUUUUCCACGUGAACACCUUCACCGGCAUCCUCCGUCACAACUCCACUGAUGACUCUAAUAAUGUCCUAUCUAACGGCGGCAUCUCCAAGGAUCCCAACCCAGAGAUUAAGAGAAGCUUCAGCCGCGAUGAAUCGUAUACGCAAAUUGACAUUGAAAGUGAUGCGACACAUAAAGAUGUAAAGGAGGAAAUACGCAAGAAUAAGGAACUGAUGAAGAAGAUUCCUGAGGGUGCUGAAGCCACAGCUGUAUUAGUUGGUGCUGUGGACUUCCUGAAGCAUCCUACCAUUGCCUUCGUAAGGCUAGCUGAAGGAGUCAUGAUGGAUAAUCUUGUUGAGGUUCCCAUCCCAGUCAGGUUUAUGUUUGUACUCCUUGGACCAUUCCAUGGUGAAAUGGAUUACCAUGAGGUUGGUCGUUCAAUCUCCACCCUUAUGUCUGACAAAGGAUUUCAUGAAGUGGCAUAUCGUGCACACUCGCGUGGGCAACUCCUUUCUGCCAUCAAUGAAUUUUUGAACACUUCCAUUGUUCUACCUCCUUCUGAAUGGAACAACAAAGACCUAGUUCCUAUUGAUGAUAUCCGAGCCAAAGCUCACCAAAUCAUGAAAAAAAAGGAAAGUUUGAGAAGCAAACGUGGUCCAUCUGAACAAGCUCCAUCUCCAGUAUCUGCAGGGGAUGAUGAUGGGGGAGACAAGAAACCGCCGCCGCGAGAUCCUCUAAUUCGUACUGGAAAGCCUUUCUUUGGUAUGAUUGAGGAUAUUAAGAUCCGCUAUCCCCAGUAUCUCUCAGACAUAAAAGAUGGUAUUGAUGGACAAGUGGCUGCUGCAGCCAUCUUCAUUUUCUUUGCUGCUCUAUCAGCUGCCAUCACUUUUGGUGGCAUGUAUGGUGACAAGAUGGAUAACUACAUAGGUGUUGGUGAAUGUCUUCUAUUUUCUUCUGUGAAUGGUCUGAUCUUUGCUGUGUUUGCUGCUCAACCACUGCUGAUCGUUGGUGCCACAGGACCCCUUAUGAUCUUUGAUAUGAGUCUGUAUCAGUUUGCAUUGAUGUACGAGCUCGAUUUCCUCUCCAUUCGAGUGUGGAUUGGCUUCUGGAUGACAGUUUUUGCAAUACUGAUUGCAGCAUUUGAAGCUGUUGCAAUUGUCAAGAAAAUAACCAGAUUCACUGAAGAAAUUUUCUCAACACUUGUGUGCCUUAUCUUCAUUUAUGAAUCAUUUGUGAAGUUAGCAGGAAUUUUCAAGGAUCAUCCCCUUCAGCAGACAUACAACUUCGUAGAUGUUAACCAAUCUGAAAUUAUAAGUGGCGUGAUCAUCAAUGGAACUCUGGUCAAUGGAACAGAUGCUGAUGGAAAUGAAGUUGGUUCUGUGGUGACACCGCAACCUAACACUGCUCUUUUAUCCUUGAUCCUCAUGCUGGGAACCUUCAUCAUAGCUUACAAGCUGAAGCAUUUCCGUAAUUCAAAAUACCUAGGAAGAAGUGUACGUCGUGCUCUGGGAGAUUUUGGUGUGCCUAUCUCUAUUGUUCUUAUGGUAUUGUUGGACUAUUUGAUUCAAGACACGUACACAGACAAGCUGACCAUGCCUGAAGGGAUCCAGCCUUCUAAUCCUGAAGUCCGUGGCUGGCUGAUUAACCCCCUAGGUGUAACCAAGCCUUUGCCUGUGUGGUGCAUGUUCAUUGCUGCACCAGCAUCACUGUUACUCUUUUUCCUUGUCUUCCUUGAAGAGAAUAUCUGCCACCUUAUUUUGAGCAAGCCAGAGCGCAACAUGGUAAAAGGAUCAGGAUUCCACUGGGACCUUGUUCUUUCAUGCUUCAUCAACUUAGUAUCUGGACUCUUUGGUGCACCUUUCAUGGGUCCAGCUUGUGUCCGAACUGUCUCUCAUACAUCAGCGCUAACAGUCAUGAGCUCAACACAUGCUCCUGGAGAAUCUCCUAAGAUUAUUGGUGUUAAAGAGCAACGAGUCAGUGCCUUAAUAGUGUCUGCAUUAAUUGGAUUGUCGGUGCUUUUGGCAGUUGUUCUUAAUAUGGUGCCAAAAGCAGUUCUGUUUGGCAUCUUCCUCUACAUGGGUCUUUCCUCUACUGCUGGUAUACAGUUCCUAGAGCGGCUAAUCCUUUACUUCAUGCCAGUCAAGCAUCACCCCAACGUACCCUACGUGAAGAAGGUUCGCACUUGGAAGAUGCACACCUUCACAGGAAUCCAAUUGGUAAUGCUGGUCGUGUUGUGGAUUGUCAAGCAGUCUCCAGCUGCUCUCUGCUUCCCCUUCGUCCUUAUGCUUCUGAUUCCAAUGAGACUUUACCUUCUGCCAUAUGCUUUCACCAACCCUGAGCUUAGUGCACUUGAUGGUAAAGAAGCCACUACCUGUACUGAUCAAGAUGAGGAGCCAGAUUUCUUCGAGGAAACCCAUGGUCUCCCUACCCAUGUUGAACACCAUCACCAGAGCUGAGCAUUGUCAUAUACUAACCUUAUAAUUCCUUCACCUGCCAUAGCACUUGUACAUUCCUAUAAAUAUAUUAAUAAAUUUUCUGGAAUCUAUUUUUUUAUACAAAAAAUUAAGUAUUAGGGAACCAUACAGAUGUUUAUUUUCCAGUAUUAGUUUGGAAAACCUGUAAAUUGUCAAUGAGAUAUUUUGUUACAACUCUUAUAGAAGUGUAGUAUUUGCCCACAUUAAAUUGUACUGAUUUUUCGGAACAAAAUGAGUAAAUUUGUACAAGGAGCUUAAGAAAAUUGUUGCCAUUGCCUCGUUAAAAAAGUAAUGUUUAAGACAGCUUGCAGUAAUUCAAAUAGAUCUGUUAUAAAUCAAUAUGAGUUGGUUUCAUUUAUAAGUUGUGAAAAGAUAGUAUAAGACUUUUCAUCAUUCCAUAUGUUGGUGCUAUAUAACAGAUGGGAAUAUAUUAAGCAUAUCAUUUUCAAAGCAAGUUGAGACUGUUAUGCUCCGUCCAUCAGUAUUUAAGAAAGUUAAUAUAUUUUAUGAUUGGAAAAUUAUGAUGUACAAUAGUUAAAAAUAUAUAUAUAUGUAGAAUUGCUCAAGUUAGUUGAUUUUUUGAAGAAUAUAGCAAUAUAAUGAGAGAAUAUUCAUUAUGUUGUACAUUGUAUGUGAUGAUAUAAGUAGUAUUUAAUACUACUUUAGGUGCUACUAGUAGUGAAGUAUGGUAUUUAAAGUUUGGAAAAAUGCUGCUGUGUGUGACUGAAGUCACUAUUGUUAUCCCAGUGAAUUCACUGACUAGACAUAUUGUUUACAGGAGAAACAUUUUGCAUGUAUUAACCUCUCUCGUGUCUACUGGUGAACGAUGACAUCACUUCAUACUCCUGCUUAUUUUAAUGUCUAAAACAAUCAACUAGAUAAAUCUAGUUAGUAAUGAUGUUUUGGUCCCUAUAGUUUCCUUCUGUUCCAUGUGCCAAACUUGUUUUAGCAAUUUUCUUGUAUAGAAAUUAUACUAUUUUGUCAUGGAAUAAUGCAAUUUGUUAAACUGAAAAAUACUCAAUAAUUCGAGAUUUGAAAAUAGUUUCAUAUUUCUAUAAAUUUAAAAAAAUUAUAUUUUUUAGGUGAAAUGCCAUUCAGCAUGCAUUUAAACUCUACUAUUUUCUGCUGAAUAUCUAUGAAUUUGUCAAGCCUUUUUUAUGUAUCAAAAUAUGCUGUAAAUAUUCUUGGGUUGCACUAUUUAUCUAACCCAGCUGCAUUAUAUGCCAGUUGGAUUACUACUACUAUUCAAAUCAACCCAAAGAAUAUUGUUUUCGAUAUGUUGACUUGAAAAUGAGUUUUAAGGACAGUGGAAGAAUUCCCUAAUUUUAUGUGUAUAUAUAUAUAUAUUGCUGAAUCAGCAACUUAUUAUUUAGAUUUUAGUUUUCGUUGGUAUUUCUGCUAUGCACAUAAUUUUUUGUAUAUAAAUAGUUAUGAGAUUAUUUUCUCUGCAACUUGGUACUGUAUAUUAAACAUGAAAGGUGGAA